GGCGCUCGACGCGCGCUGCCUGGCGCCGCCCGGGCCGCCGCCGCCAUGGCCACGGAGGACGAGAUCAUCCGCAUCGCCAAGAAAAUGGACAAGAUGGUGCAGAAGAAGAACGCGGCUGGAGCUCUUGAUUUGUUGAAGGAACUUAAGAAUAUUCCCAUGACCCUUGAGUUACUACAGUCUACCAGAAUUGGAAUGUCAGUGAAUGCAAUACGCAAGCAAAGCACAGAUGAAGAGGUUACAUCUUUAGCAAAAUCUCUUAUCAAGUCUUGGAAGAAGCUGUUAGAUGGACCUUCAACUGAUAAAGAUUCUGAAGAAAAGAAAAAGGAGCCUGCAUCUUCCUCACAAAACAGCCCUGAAGCCAGAGAAGAAAGCAGUUCAAGUAGCAAUUCCAGCAGCAGGAAGGAGGAGGGUAGUGCUCCCUCAAAUUCUUUCAUCCCAUCUUUUCCCCGGGCUCCAAGCACUUCAGACUCUGUACGAGUGAAAUGUAGAGAAAUGCUCUCUGCAGCUCUCAGAACAGGAGAUGAUUACAUUGCUAUUGGUGCUGAUGAAGAGGAGCUGGGUUCUCAGAUUGAAGAAGCUAUUUUUCAAGAAUUAAAAAACACUGAUAUGAAAUACAAGAAUAGGGUACGAAGUAGGAUAGCGAAUCUCAAGGAUGCUAAGAACCCUAACCUAAGGAAAAAUGUAUUAUGUGGAAACAUUCCUCCUGACAAGUUUGCCAAAAUGACAGCAGAGGAAAUGGCAAGUGAUGAGCUGAAAGAAAUGCGCAAAAAUCUGACCAAAGAAGCUAUCAGAGAGCACCAGAUGGCUAAAACAGGAGGUACCCAAACUGAUCUGUUUACAUGUGGCAAGUGCAAAAAGAAGAACUGUACAUACACCCAGGUUCAAACCCGCAGUGCUGAUGAACCCAUGACAACGUUUGUUGUCUGUAAUGAAUGUGGAAACAGAUGGAAGUUCUGUUAGAAGAAGAAAUUGUCAAGACAUCUGGACCAGUAUGAACGAGGAUUUUGUAAUUAGCUUUAAAAACUAGGCUAAGCAUCUAGCUUCUUGCAAAUGAGAGGGUUUUUUGGUUUUUCUUUUCUUUUUAUUUCAAAGCAGCAUACAUGCCUCAAGUUAGCCUUUGUUUUGACACAACCAUCAUUUCCUUAAAUGCCUUCCUAUAGCUGGUAGUCAGUAGGGCCAGGUUGCUCAAUUGUAUGGUGAAUUUUAAAAUAUUUUUUCAUUUUUAUAAGUAAGUUGACAUUAAACUUUUACCAGUUAAACAUUUUGGUAAUUGUCUUGUUUUUUUCUAACUAUGUGAAUAAUGUACUGUAUUUUUUGUGGUGUGAAAUAUACACGCUCCUCCUGUGUGUAUUUUGCGUUUCCACAUUUGCUCAGUUGUAAGAAUGAAAUUUGUUUCUCUCUGCUCUGUUCACUUUGCUUUGCAAGCAGAAAAGGUAUAUAAGUUCCUCAUAACAUUUAACUCAGUUGUUAACUAAAACACAAUUUAAUUAAUUCUCUAGUUUGUAUGUGCUCUUUCUGGAUUAGGACUAAAUUUACAGUCAUGGGGUUUUGAAUAUUUAUUAGUGGAUAUGAUGACAUCUUUGCAGUGAUUGGUUAAGCUUGUUUAUGUAACCAGCUUUGAUCAAUGCAAUAUAUUUUAUUGCCCAAAGCAUGUAUUUUACGUUCUAUCAGUUGGCAUUAUUUCUAAGAAUGUCUUAAAAUAGUGGUUAAAUCUGAUUUCAGUGUUCAGUCUUGCUUAAUGUGCUUGACAACCAGCUUGGGUUUAGACUGUAAAUAAGCAAAGGCAUUGUGUUAUAGGCUAUCCUAAUAACACCAGCUAACCAAUUCAUUACAUUAAACUGGCUGGGGAGGUAAUACUAUACUCCCUUCAUUUAAAUGGCAUUGAUUUUGUUCAUUAAAUGAUUUUUGAGAUGUAGAGUUUCCGAUGUCAAUCAUAGACCUGCAAAUGGGAAUAAAUUAUUAAAGUUACAAUUUUUUCCAUAUGAGAAAUUAUAUAAAUGCUGCUUUUUUAGAGUUUGCUUUUUAACAGUGCAUGUUUAGAAAUAUUUGCAAAUGUGUUUUCAAGGAAAAACAUGUCAACAUCUUUAGAAGAGAUUAAACUCUUUCAUUAUAUCUAAUUUUAUAUUACUUAAUUUGUUGGAGUUUGGGGCUGAGGAGGUCUAUUUUGGCACUGUAUAAAUUAUUCAUGAGGAGAUGGGAAGAGUAUGCACAGCUCCUGGAGAAUAAAUUCCUUGAAUGUAAAGGAAAAACAAGUUUUUCUAUGUUGAAUGUUUUUUGUGUGAUGGUAUCAACUGUAACAAACGAGUGGGAAAUAGUAUGAUGACGCUUGAACUUUGAGAGACAAGAAGUGUUUGGUUAAUACUUUAUACAGCAAACUUUUCCAGUCAGCUUAUGCAAGGAAGCGUGGCUUUACUGCUGAAGGGAAAAAUGAUUAAAAUAGAUGAAGUUUUGUUACAGACUAUUUUUUUAGGGAGAAAAUUGCCUGGCAUUUAAACUUUCUUGCAUAGCCUUUUAUAUAUAAACAUUUUAACUCAACUUACACUAAUGCCUUUUAGAAGAUAUUUUUUUCUACUAGCAGCAUGGGUUAAUUUUUAGCCUGUGUGUAGGUUCAUUGGCAGGAUUGCUUCCUAAGAUUUACUAAAAGAUGUAAAAUUAAUUUUUUUCAAGUUGUUGAGGAUAACAAACAAAUUAGAGAUGUUUACUAUCAAUUAGAGUGUUUUGUUUGGGGACCUUUCUAAAAGAACAAGUCCAAAAAAUUGUGUUAAAAACGACAGCAAACUGGAUGCCAAGUAGACCUAAAUUUCCACAGCUGUUCACAGCAUAUGUGUACAGGGCAGGCACUGGUCGGUUUGCAUAACCUUCCUCACACUGUGUGUACUUUAAUCUUUGUGUCUGACUGUGACACUUAGAAGAAAUAUCUUUUGAGACUAUGUAGUAAUUGUCUUUCUGUCGUCACCAGAUUAUAUCUGGACUUUAUUAAAAGAACCAGAACUGUGGUAGCACUUUCUGUGAUGCAAGUGUAUCCAAGUAGGAGUUGAAAUAAAAUGUGAUUUCACCUGAUAAUACCUGAUGGCUGAGUAGCAGCCUUCAUCCUUCUCUCUUCUGCCCCCAUGGUAAAAAGAACUGUUUCUUUUGCCCAGUGAAAGAUGGAGUGCAACAACUAGAUCCAAAAAUGCAUCUGUUCUAUUCAUGCUUUAUUUUGAUUACCCAAAUCCAAAAAUAAAACUUUCCGGUACUAAUCUUUUUGUUGCUGCAGUUUUCACAGCUGUCUGAAAUUGCAUUCCUGUAUCAGAGAGGAUGCAAAGGUGGGGCUGGGACUGUCUCAUUUCUCCAGCUGACUGGCUUGUCUACUGGGCUGCAGCUGUGCUAUGACUGACCCAGUACACUGGCAUAUUUCAUGAACUGAAACGUGCCAGCAGAACAGGUGAUGAAUCUCUCUCAUCUAAGAAUAGCAGGUUUGGUUAUUACCUUUAUGGACACUUGAAUUCUCCCAGAUGGAACAGAGUUGUCCUACACUUUAAGGUGGUUUGUACACAAUCCUAAUAGAGAGAAAGAGCAGGCCAUAUGCCUUCUAAAGAGUGUGUGUGUGUGUGUAGUUCUUUAAGGCUCCAAUCUUCUGUAAGCAAGGCCAGAGGGUCCUGCUGCUCAGAAAACAGCACGAUCUCAUUAGAAGACAUUUUCUCAUAUAUAAUACAUUUGCUCAUAUACUCUGUUAUCCUUUUCAGGAGAAAAUAUAAGUUUUAAACUAUCUUGUACUGAAUGGUUCUUUUUGACUGUCACUAAGCAGAAGGGAAAUAUCUGCCCAGUGAUCUUGGCUUUUGUGAAUCCAGGGAAGGACCUAGUUUUUACCCAGAGUUGAGGAUUCCACUUGUGAUCACCAUAUACGAAUUUUAAAUUAAAACUCAGAACCCUUACCAGCCUAGACAGGACUUAAUUCAUCAACAUGAAGUCUUCAUUCUGUAAAAUGUGGUUGUAUUACCUUUCAAACACAUGCCUCUGGAAAUGGAUCUUGAAAUAGUAUUCAUAUAAACAAGCCUGAGGAGUUUCAUUUCUUUUAAGCACAAUUUUAUACAACUAUUUUAGUUUCUGUUUCACUAUAUCAUCACUACUCUUGAAUUCUUUUACCAUUUCAAAGAGUUUGGGAUUAAUUUAGUUACAACAUUAGUAUUAAAAAAAUCUUUCAUAAUGUCAUUGAAACUAUACUCAUACUUUUUAUGGCAGAAGAAAUAUGUUCUUAAGAACUGCUUACAGAAAAGUUGUUUAAAAAUUAUUUAACGUUGUGAUAUGAUACUUUUCUCAUCACUAUCUUUUUUCUGAUAUCCUUUGUAAUCAGAAACUGCAUAAGUAUAUGAUGCUUGUGUGAUGAAUUUUAAUCUAACUUUAUAUGGUAGAGCCCUUCAGAAUAUAUAUAUUUUUUUCUCCAUUUGUACUAUGCUAAUGACUUUGGAGUUUAAAGGUCACUGUAAAGCACAAUGUGUUGGCUGAAGGAGCCCAUGCAAUUUUAAUAGUGCUUAGCAGGCUGGUGAAAAGAGCAGUCUUUAACAGUAUGCAUGGUCUGUGGGAGUUACUGCUUUAUGAUGUGCAGACAUUGAAGGAAGAAUGCCAGUGGACUGGAAAGUUGUUACAGCUUAAUGAUAUCCUGCAGUUCAAUAAAUGCCAAGGCAAACCAACCGUGCUCAUUUUCAACCUAGGAUAAAUUGAUUUUGUGAUAAUUUCUUACAUGAUUAAAUAACAUCUUAUGUCAA